AUGGCAGGCCGAGCUCUGACCCCCUUCCAGCUCACUGCAACCCUCCUCGUGGCGCUUCUGGCGACGUGCCAUGCCGGCAGCAUCGCCGUGUACUGGGGCCAGAAUGACGGUGAGGCGUCGCUGGCCGAGACGUGCGCGUCCGGAAACUACGAGUUCGUCAUCCUCGCUUUCCUCCCCAAGUUCGGCAAGGGCCAGACGCCACAGCUGGACCUCGGCAGCCACUGCGACGCCUCGUCAGGCGGCUGCAAAAGCCAGAGCAAGGACAUCCACUCGUGCCAGCGCGGCGGUGUGAAGGUCCUGCUCUCCAUCGGCGGCGGAGAUGGCAGCUACGGGCUCUCAUCACCCGGCGAUGCACGACAGGUUGCCAUGUACCUAUGGAACAACUAUCUGGGCGGCACGUCGUCGUUCCGCCCGCUCGGCGAUGCCGUACUCGACGGCAUCGACUUCGACAUCGAGCUCGGCGGUGCCAAGUUCUGGAACGAUCUCGCCACGGACCUGAACAAGUUUGGAAAGACGAACGGAGGCAAGGCCGUGCUGCUGAGCGCGGCACCGCAGUGCCCGUUCCCGGACGAAUGGGACGGCAACGCGAUCAACACGGGGCUGUUCGACUUCGUUUGGGUACAGUUCUACAACAACCCAGAGUGUCAGUUCAGCCGGCAUGGAGCGUUCAUGGACGCAUGGAAAAGAUGGGAGUCGGUGCCGGCAGGGAAGAUCUUCCUAGGACUACCGGCCUCCAAGGACGCCGCGGGCACCGGGUUCGUGCCUGCCGCCGAGCUCACGUCGCGCGUGCUUCCGCUCAUCAAGGGAUCACCCAAGUACGGCGGCGUCAUGCUGUGGUCAAAGUUCUACGACGAUCGCACUGGAUAUAGCUCUGCCAUCAAGAGCCAUGUGUGA